AGUAAAUUAGUAGCUAGCUAGUAACAAAUAUACUCAUCUAUAAGUUGGAACUGUAACUUGCCACAGAGCACAGUGGAUUGAUUUCUAGAGAGAGAGAGGAGUUUUUGUUGGUAGGUUAAUUAGGCUUUGAUGGAAUAAGGUUUGUUGUUGGGUUAUUAGGAGUGUGAAAAGCAAAUUAAUUAAAGGGCUUUUGCUUCUUUCCCACCAAUACAUAUCUAUACACUGCUUUACAGUUCUAGGCUUCUACCACCACCCAUUUCUCCAUAUAUGGUUUACCCUAGACAUUCCUCUUAUUACACUCUUUCCCACUUCUCUCUCUCUCACACACACACACGCACGUAUUGUACGUGCACAUAAUACACAAUAAAUAUUCAAUACUUGAGCUGAAAAAGGCGAUUGCUUUUUCAUGGAUCUCCAACCAGUCUAGAGUCUGAAGCAACAUAUAUUCACAGACAUCACUGCUGCAUAGCGAGAGCUCUCUCUCUCUUAAUAUCUCUCUCUAUGGCUGGUGAAGUGAAGGCAGGAGCGAUCAUGGCAACAUCUUCUGGAUAUUGCUAUUCGGAGGCGUCUUCAACAGAUGUUAACCCCCAAAUCUACAACUUGACUGCAGCCAUGGAGAUUAUAGGGUUUCCAUCAAAAAACCUGAUGCAAAGCCAUCAAUCCAUCAACGAUUUCACCACCAAUCACCAAAGCUUAAUGGUUUCACCAGAUUCAUGGAAUCACCACCACGAUCCAUCUUUCAGGAGUGUUAAUUUCACCGGCGAUGGAAACGAAAGGCAGCAGACGGCUCAUCAUCAAGGAUCGCUUUCUCUCUCCCUCACCUCCUCACCCAAUCUGCAGCCGUUCGAGCUGCGGCAAAACGACGUCGGGCAAUCGAGUGCUAAUUCCAUGUAUCGGCAGAUGAUGCAGCAGCAGUUUCCGAUUCGGAGCUCCAAGUAUUUGGAGCCGGCGAAGGAGCUCUUAAACCAGCUCUGCAAUCUCGGAACCGCCGCGGAUAAGAUGAAAGGCAAGAGAAGCGGCGGCGGAGACGACGAGAGAGCGCAGCAGCAGCCGCCCUUCGCCGUGGACCUCCUCGAGCUGCAGAGGAGGAAGGCGAAGCUGCUCCAGAUGCUACAAGAGGUCGACAGAAGGUACAAGCACUACUGCGAUCAGAUGCAGGCGGUGGUGUCGUCGUUCGAGGCGGUGGCCGGGGAGGGCGCGGCGGCGGCCUACUCCGGCAUGGCUUCGCGGGCGAUGUCGCGGCACUUCAGAUGCCUCAAGGAUGGGAUUGUAGGUCAGAUUAAGGCGGCGAACAAGGCGAUGGGCGAGAGAGACGCGGCGAUCCCCGGCGCUAGCAAGGGCGAGACGCCGAGGCUGAGGAUUCUGGAUCAGAAACUGAGGCAGCAGAGGGCUUUCCAGCAGAUGGGGAUGGUGGAGAAUCAUCCCUGGCGCCCGCAGCGCGGCCUGCCGGAGAAAUCCGUCGCCGUUCUCCGCGCUUGGCUCUUUGAGCACUUCCUCCAUCCGUAUCCAAGUGAAGUAGAUAAACGCAUUUUAGCCCGACAAACAGGUCUCUCGAGAAGCCAGGUAUCAAAUUGGUUCAUCAACGCGCGGGUGCGGCUGUGGAAGCCCAUGGUGGAGGAAAUGUACCUAGAAGAUCAAAAGGAAGGCGACGGCGGCGGCGCGGAGACCAGCCACCAGCAGGCGGCGGCGGCGGCGGCGAACGAGGACCGGAAGCCGACGCAGGAUCAGCUGAUGAUGAGGACCGAUUCCGAGUGCCUUUCCUCCAUAAUCAACACUCCGUCGAGAAACCACCUCAGCAGAUCAGGUGGCGAUCACGAAGCCAUGCAAUUCGACUUCUCAUCAUACGCCCCCGCCUCCGCCUCCGCCUCCGCCUCUUAUCUAAACGAGAAUGCUCCUCCCUCCGGCAGCGGGGUGUCUUUGACGUUGGGUUUGCAGCAGCAUGGCGGCGGCGGGGUGACGUUGGCGUUCACGCCGCCGUCGCUGUUCUACCCUAGAGAUGACGAGAUGGAGGAUUGCGAGAGAGUUGAGUAUUCGAUGUUUGAAGGUGAAACGCAGAAUUUGCAGUAUAGGAAUUUGAUGGGGGCGCAGUUGCUUCAUGAUUUGGCUGGAUAGCUAGCUCAGCUGCAUGCCAACAUAUUCACUAAAAGAAAACAGAAAAAGAAAAAAGGUGAAUUUUAAUUUAAUUAAAUAUGUGGUGAAGAUUAGAGCAGUGUUUUCAUUUGUCGGUGAAGUUUAAUUUGGCUGUGAUAUACACAGAAUAGUGGCGGUAUAUACACAAUACAUUGGUUUUGGUUUGGACAUAUACAAUUAAUCAAUCAAAACCUCUCGCUUCAAUGCCUGCAAA